AAUGGUGACGUUGUACAGAAUCAGCUGAUCGAACGUGGCCCCGUAUCCCUCCUUUGGGGAAUGUAGGGGAUGGAGGAUUGGGGGAGAGGGAUUCACCUCCAUUCAUUCUCUAACUACGAGGAAGGUCCACUGUCGGCAAACAGAACAGGUUGCUGAUGAGUGUGUGACUUCUGACGGAACAAAUAACGUUCUACUGAGAGACAAUGUCUGGACGUGGGAAAGGCAGAGGGAGGGGCAGAGGUAGAGGUUCUACCAGUACCAGUGAUGAAGGAUUUUGGGGUAAACCAAAUUCCCGUCCUGAGGCGCAGUUGCGACAAAAUGAUCUGGGCAACAGUGCUAAACAUCCAGCAGGACUGGAGGAAGAUAGAAAGGUUUGGGAGCGAAAGUUUGCAGAUGCAUGCCAAGAGAUCCAGAAAAAUGUUGAUAAAUAUAUUGCCACACAUCAGUUGGACAAUGUAGACAGUGAUGAAGAGAAUGACGAUGAUGAUCUUGAAGAAGAUGGAAUUAUUGAAAAACUGUAUCAAGGAUAUAAUGGAGAAAGGAGCUCUUCACGUACAGACCAGUUUCUCAAGGAUGCCUGUAAGACUGGCGCUCAAGUUUGUCUUAUUUGUAUCGACAACAUUAAGCAUGCGGACUCGGUUUGGAGUUGUAAAGAGUGUUUUUGCGGUUUCCAUAUGAGCUGUGUACAAAAAUGGGCAAAGGAUAGUAUUUACCAGUUAGCCGAAGCACAUCUGGAAUCUGAUCCUCACUUUAAUAAGUCAACUUUAAGAUGGUGCUGUCCAAAAUGUCGCACUGAAUAUGCCCAGUCUGAUAUUCCAAGUCGAUAUUAUUGUUAUUGUGGCAAGGCAGAAGAUCCAAAGUUUGACCCAUGGCUUGUGCCCCAUUCCUGCGGAGAAACCUGUCGAAAGCUUCUCAAGCCAGAAUGUGGCCAUCGUUGUUUUCUCUUGUGUCACCCAGGUCCUUGCCCACCAUGUCCUUCAAUGGUUAAAAGCAAAUGCUACUGUGGUCGUCAGCCAGCUCAGACUCGCAGGUGUUCUGCCAAAGCAUGGUCAUGUGGAAAACCAUGUGGCGGUCUAUUAAGUUGUGGUCAACAUACUUGUGAAGAACCAUGUCAUGCAGAUGAGUGUAAGCCAUGCCCUAGGCAGAGCCUUCAGCCAUGUAUGUGUGGCAAUGAAAAAAAGAAGAGGUUUUGUGCUGAUCCCACAUGGCAGUGUGAUAAGGUUUGUGGUAAGACUUAUAGCUGUAGCCAUCAUGAGUGCAAGAAGGUGUGUCACAGUGGGGAUUGUGGCAAAUGUCCCUCUAGUGGACCCCGUACAUGUCCAUGUGGCAAAGCAUCGCAUAUAUUGCCAUGCACUGAGAAGAUACCAAGUUGUGGAGACACAUGUGGGAAGCAGUUGGCGUGUGGUAUCCACUACUGUGUGGAUCGUUGCCAUAAAGGGAGUUGUGCUGCAUGUCUCCAGUUUUGUGUAAAGAAAUGUCGAUGUGGUGCCCGGGAGAAGGAAAUGGCCUGUAGUAAAGAAUUUACUUGCGAAAUAAAGUGUAAGAACAUCAAGGAUUGUAGACGUCACAACUGCAAUAGGAAGUGUUGUGAAGGUAAUUGUCCCCCGUGUGAGCACUUGUGUGGUCGAACUUUAAGCUGUCGGAAUCAUAAAUGCAAGAGUCGAUGCCACCCCGGACCAUGCUAUCCCUGCUCUCUAACCCAUACCAUAAGUUGCAGCUGCAAAGCUACUACCAUUACUGUCCCCUGUGGGAGAGAAAAGAACACUCCACCCCCUAAAUGCUCAAAAUUAUGCAGGAAACCACCUGCGUGUCAUCAUCCAGAGCGAGCAAAACACAAAUGUCACAGCGGAGAAUGCCCUCAGUGUCGUAUGAUGUGUAGCCUCAAGUUGAAUUGUGGUCACAUUUGUCCCGCACCGUGUCAUGAUGCUGUACCUGUUAAGAUUGUAAGCCACAAGAAACGUGCUGGUCCUUGGGAACCAGUAGAGGGUCCACGUAUCGAAAUACAAAAGAAGCCUUGUCCUCCAUGUCAGGUUCCAGUACCAACAACUUGUUUUGGUAUCCAUGAAACAGUAAACUGGCCUUGCUGUGACAUCCGCCCCCAUUCUUGCGGCCGAAAGUGUGGGCGAUUAUUGGCUUGUACUAAUCAUACAUGUGCACGUGAAUGUCAUGUCGUUGAAGGAGCAGUAAAUGAUAAGGACGCAGGGAAAAAUUGUGCACCAUGUGAAGAACUUUGUUCAAAGCCUCGUCCAGAUGGUUGUAGUCACGUGUGUGGAAAACCCUGUCAUCAUGGGAAAUGCUCUUUCUGCAAACAGUUGGUCAAAGUGAAAUGUCACUGUGGAAUCAACAAUUUGUAUAUAGAGUGUCACACACUAAAUUCUGCUGCUACUGAUGAAAAGGAAGUCUUGUGCAGCUGCAAAAACCAUUGCAACAAAUCAAUAUCUUGUAGCCAUAGGUGCAUGAAAGAAUGUCACAGUGGCCCUUGCAGUGACCCAACAAGCUGUCGCAAGAGAGUUGCCAUACGUUGUCCUUGCAGAAGAAUAAGAAGAGAUGCCUUAUGUCAUUUGGUGAUAUCUGGUCAAAUUAUAGUAGAAUGUGAUGAAGUUUGUUUGGAAAAGAUAAAGGCAUUAGAAGAAGAAAAGAGAAGAGAGGAAGAAGAACUUAAAAGAAAAGAAUUAGAAAGCUUAGAGAAACUUAAUGAGGGUAGGAAACACAAAAAGAAGAACAGAAAACAUGUUGAAGCCGAGGUUGCAGAAUCACAAUGGACUAUCAAUAAAUGGAUGAUGCUUGGUAUUUUUAUACUGAUUUUCAAUGUUUUUAUAUACUUUAUUUACAAUUUUGAUUUUAAUUAGUAACUAGGACUUAUGGAAAAUUGCAAUAAAUGGUGUUUGUACAAUAAUAUAACUGCACAAAAA